CAGUGUUAGACGUUGUAAAAUAUUUUAAUGCAAUGACUUCAUUGAUAAACAGCUAAAGUCAUGUGCAGGGCAGACUUUACAAUGCACACAAGCUAAGAGAGCAUUACAGGGAGACCGUGAAGGCAACAUUACCAAGACAACAGCAAGCAAACAGAACAGCGCAGCAAGAAGAGAAAAACAUUUUGUUGUGUUGUGUUAGUUCUGUGUAUGAACAGAAGUACCAGACGAUAGGUUGUAUUGACGUCAAAGUGAAGAACCAAAUUAAACGGUGAGGCAGUGCGGCGCAAGAUGACAGAAGUAACCUCAGAGAUGUCGUCACCAAAGCCCAAAGGACCAGAGAUUUCUUCAGGCAGCAUUGUUGUUUCAGAGAGUGCUGCCAAAUCACAUAAACCAGACUUGAGGAGGAGGAGGGAGACUCGACAGAGCCCAUUCAAAGUGCCAGACAGUAAUAGUAUUUUUCUACUGAGUAUCAACGAAAGAGGAGACCGAAAAGAGGAGAUGCGUAAAUUCCUGGCUUUGCCAAUUGAUGAGAAAACGACCCACGCUGCACGAAUGAUGGCCAAUCUGAAGAAAGAGCUGGCAAAAAGGGUGGAGGGGGAGGAGGCGGAGGAAGAGGAAGAAAAGGAUAAGAAGAGGAACCUAAAACAAAUCAAGAGUAGGACAGUUCUUUCUAAACAAACACCGGGCAGACAGGAACUGAAGAUGGCCAUGAUGAAACGAGAAAACGUUACAAAAGACAGCAAACAUGAAUUAAUCUCCAUGGAACGGCAGAAGGCAGUGUUGGAGCUAUCUCUGAUGACAAAGAGGUCCGAGAUUAUGAAGAUGGACAAGGCAAUUGCAAAAGAGGAGGGACAGCUGAAACGGCUUGAAAAGAUCAUUGAGAGAGACAACCUCAACUUUGAAGAGUUCCUCAGGGAGAACGAGAAGAAGUCUGUGGAGGCCAGAGCAUUUUUUGAACGGGAGGCCAAGUUCAAACAGGAGAAGAAUGCUGAGAUCAAGAAACUGACUGCUGAAAUAGGGACCAUAAAAAGUGAGAUCGCCAGGUUUGAAGAGAUCCUUAUAGACUACAAGAGAUACAAGAAGCUUCUGUUCAAGUUGUCUCCUCCAGAGUGGCAGGAGACCCAGAAGACUUUGAAAGCUAAAGUACUGUCUGACGGAGACUGUCAGGAGAAGCAGAACGGGGAGCCGGAGGAGUCAGCUAUGAGAAACGGUUUGGAGGGCAAGGUUUCCAGUCCAGGUCGAGAGCUGCCUUCCAUCAGAGAGACCAGGCUGUCCUCAGCCCCCAGCGACACGCUGAUGACACAUGCUAAACUGGAUAGUGACAGCUCAGAAUUUGAGGAUGAGCCAGAGCUGUACUUCACUGAUCCCAAACAGCUACUGGAUCUGGUGACAGAGCUUACAGAGCAGAACUUGUCCCUGAUUCAGAACUCUACAAGGGUGGAGGAGACACUGGAAGAGCUCCGACAGUCCAUGGAGACAACCAGGAAGAAGAUUGAAAAGGAUGAAGAGCAGCUAAUGCUUGAGCUAAACGACAUGAACCAGAGAAUCGACAAAGAGAAGGCAAGAGGCACCAAGCUCAAACAGAAGGUUCAGCUCCAUGUCUCAUUGAAGACAGAAGACCAGGACAUUAUGUUGGACGCUCUGGGUGAGAAGGUGGCAGAGGUCCAUCGCUGCUGCGUGGAUGACAGGAUGACCAACCUCAGCACCUUGGAGAAGCUGGCCAAUAUAGAGAAUCGUAUGUCUUUACUGCUGCAGGGCCUUGAGGGCAUCCCUGAAGAAAGCUUAGAGAUGAUGAAGAAGAUCAAGGACAGUGAGAGGAGGAGCCGGCAGCGUGAAGAAAAGCUGAGAGAGCAGAGCGAGAAACAGAAGGAAAGGAUGAGGAGGUACAUGGAGAGAUCCCUGGCUGACUCCAAGAAAAUAAGUGGGAGAAAGCUCAUGCCCAGAUGCAUGCCUGUUGCCCAGAAAGCGAGAGUCCGCAAUGUGGACAACACCCCUGCUGAAGAUGAGAUCCAUGCCUACCUCUUCACCACUGAGGACAUAGAGUAACAAAGAAGAAAGAAAAGAAAAUAAUGUUUUUAAAACAAGAGUGUAAUCAUGCCUCCAAGCCAGCUGGGGAGUGAAAAUGUUUAAUUAUUGGAUAUUUGGUUGCCUACACCACAUUAAUGACAUAAAUGUUCCUACUACACCUCUAUUGCUGACUCUAUAUGUCCUACAGGUGUAAUUGAUUCUAGUAAAUAUACAUCAAUUAUCUGAUAGUUGAAAUGUACCUCCAUCUGUGCUGUGCAAUCACUAAGCAAAAUGAAGAUGAUCCAAUUAUC